AGGUUGCAGGCUCUGCCAAUAAUAAUGCCUCGCAUCAUCACCUCCGUGGCCAGACACUUACUCUUGCUUGGUUUAUAGAUCUCCUCCGUCACCAAAGCAACUUCAAAUCGGAUAUGAAGAUGAUUUCGGCCUUCCUAGAGAUUGAUGGGCGGCCAGAAGCGGACCUCCUGGACGUCACGGAAAAGCAACAGCCGGGUACAUGCACUUGGAUGACAGAGCACCCCGCCUUCAAUGCAUGGCUCUCCGGCUUCUCGAGUGAUGGAACUCUCACUCCCACGUCCUCUCCGAGAAGACAAACACCGCGAUUCCUGUGGCUCCAUGGUCCGCCAGGCUCAGGCAAAUCCAUCGCCUGCGGCCAUGUCAUCCGGUUCCUUGAAGACUGCAACUUCGACUGCAGCUACUAUUUUCUGAGGCACGGAAACACCGAGACGUCGACUCCGUCCGCCUUCUUGCGAUCCUUGGCCUUCCAGAUGGCCUGGUCAAACUUCGACAUCCGAAAAGCCAUCUUGGCCAUGAUAGCUAACAACGAGCGAUUCAACACUAAUGACCACAACUUAAUCUGGAACGGCAUCUUCGUCGGCCAGAUCUUCAAGACGACCUUCCAUUCGCCGCAGUUCUGGGUAAUCGAUGCCCUGGAUGAGUGUGCAAACAAGAGCUUGAGCACGCUGCUUCACAUGCUCUCCAAGAUUCCGCGGGCGGUACCUUUGCAGGUUUUCCUUACUAGCAGACCCAGUCUGCAGGUCCAACGAGCCUUGAGCGUGGAGCAGAGCCUCAUGUUGGAGCUGGAAACCGGCGGAGAAAACUCCAAGCUCGACAUUGCCAAGUUCCUGCGGUCCAGACGGCCCUAUGGUUCCGGAAGCGACCUCAGUGAACGUAUCGUUUCUGAGAUCCUGACCAGAUCCAACGGCAUCUUUCUGUGGGCCUCGCUGGUCAUGAACAGGCUGGACGAGACGUAUGCCGAAGAAGACAUGGAAGAAGUUCUCCAUGACGUGCCCACCGAGAUGAACGACUUUUACAGCCGGAUCGCAAAGACCAUUGCCGACAGUCCCAACAAGGAGCUGGCCAAGUGUAUUCUCAGGUGGACGGUUUGCGCGUCUAGGUCGCUCUCGGUCGACGAGCUCAAAGAAGCCGUCCGGCUCGAUAUCAACCGUACCCUGACGGCUACCAAUGACCGCCUGGCUCACUUGUGCGGCGACCUAAUCACGGUGGACAAGCAGUCGAAUGUGCAUGUUAUCCACCAGACGGUGACGGCGUUCCUGGUGCAGUGCGACUCGGAAUUUAAGAUCAACCUUGGCGCUGCUCACGCACGACUUGCCGAGGUCUGCCUUGGCUACUUGACAGGAAAAGACUUUGCGCCUCCUCCUCCUCGGGGCAGAAGCAGCAGGUCCUCCUCGACCUCCAAGACCCAUGGCGACUUGGCCCUGGCCGAUUAUGCCUGCGCAAAUUUCCCCUUCCACCUGGCUCAUUGUUCUUCCGGCAUCGACACACCGCUUCUCCUGCUUGAAACCUUUCUCGGAUCCAAUGUGCUUACCUGGAUUGAUCACGUUGCCAGGAGAGGAGGUCUAAUGACUCUGGUCAGGGCUGUUCAAAACAUGCGAGCCUUCCUGUCCAGGCGCGCCAAGUACCUCCCGUUGCUCGACAAGCAAUCACGACUUGCCUCUGCCUGGGUGACGGACCUGGCACAUAUCGUGGCAGCCUUUGGAUCGAACCUCAUUGACUUACCUUCGAGCAUCUAUGUCAUGGUCCCAGCCAUCAGCCCUCCCCAAUCCACCAUUCAUCAACUCUUCGCCAAAGAUUCCCGUCGGCAUAGGCUCCUCGGCGUAUCGAACGAACGGAACUGGGACGACAGGAUAUCGUGUUUCAUCUACGAAAGCAAAGCCACGGCGGUUGCGACGUCGGAGCAAUACCUGGCGGUCGGCCUGUCCAAGGGGACUAUCAUGCUCUAUGACGGCGUCACCUUACAGCUCGUCGGCAAUUUGAAUCAUGGCGAGCCGAUCCGAGGCCUGGCGUUUGGUGCGGCUACCGGCUCUCUAGUGGCCUAUGGGGCGAAGAAGAUAUCGUUUUGGGACAGCCGGCGAGAGUGCCUGUGGACGAAGGAGGUGAAACACGCUCGGUCGCCCAUCUCAAUCGGUUUCAGCGUGGACGAGGAUGAACUCCUGGUGUGCGGGAAAGACGGGCAGAUCCACUACUUUUCUGCCAAGGACGGGUCCGACCGGGACGAGCUUCCCUUGUUCCACAGCAGCGACUCGGAGUCGGAUGACGACGAACGCAGGAUCCUGCCCGGAACACCGCCGUCACUUGUUCGCGUGUCUCCGGUCCACGGCCUGGCUGCUGUGACCUACAGAUGUGCCCCUGUCACGAUCUGGGACAUAGAGCGACGGCAUAAACUGGGCGUCUUUUACAGGCCCGGGACGGAGGGCGUCUACCAGCAGGUCCAGGUUCAGGACAUGGUGUUCAGCCCAGUUCCAGAACUGGAUCUGCUGGCCAUUGCCUACGACGGUGUUGGCAUCGCCACCUGCGAUCCGUGGACACAAGAACAGCACGACCUCCAAGGGAUCGACGCUCGAAUCAUGGUGAGCUCGCCUGACGGCAGGACGUUAGUCGCCGGCGAUCUGUCCGGCACAAUCCACAUACUUGCUUUUGAAACCUCCUUGAAGGUGCUCUAUCGCAUCUCGGCCUUCAACGCCAUGCUGCGGUCCGUCGCCUUCUCGCCAGACAACCUCCGCAUCUACGAAGUGCGCGACAACUUUUGCAACGUGUGGGAGCCGCCGGCCCUCGUUCGCCGCCCGGACACCUUUGACGACGACUCCAGCGAGUCACUGAGCUCCGAGGCUUCGACUCUAGUACCCGAGAUGAUCGCGAGACCUGUCAGCCACGAUGACCACAUCACUUGUGUCGCGUAUCCCGAAGACAGCAAGCACAUAUUCUGCGGCCGCAAGAACGGCGGCCUCAGCAUUUACGACGCCGCCAAGGGCACCCGGCUGCUCGACUUCCGGCUCUAUCCCAACACGUCCUCCGCCAUCAAGCAUCUUGAGUGGCACGACAAGAAAUCCGUCCUCAUCGCGGUUAGCACCAUCAACCACUGCAUCGCGGUACGCGUGUCGGUGACGCCAAAAGGCGUGUGCGAGGUGGUACUCCCUCCCAUCUUCGACCGGUACAUUAAACAUCCCGUCCGACGUGUCCUGAUCAACUCCACCGGCGACCUGUUCCAUUUCACCACCCUAGGGGGAGACGAGGUGUGGGACAGCACCGGCGAGCUCGUCGGCAGAUACGACAGCUCCUCCACCACCCUUGAAGAGCAGCCUGAACACGACGAAGACAAGCAGUGGAUACAGCACCCGACGAACGCUGAACUCCUCCUGAUGCUCCGUAGAACCCAAAUACAUGUCUUCCGAUGGGCGACGCUCGAGCCGCUCACACCUUCAGCGGGCAUACCUCUCACCAUAUCCGGCACGGCUUGCAGUGCCGACAUGUCGUCGCCGGAGUGGACAUCAUACAAGGGCAGCGAGCUGCUCGUCCGGGCGAGGAGGUCAUCCGACAAGGACAGCCGCAAUACCUGCUUUGAGUUUCUGGACGUGUCCAGCUUAAUAAACCACAGCAGCAGCAGCAGCAGCAACAGCAUCACGACAAGCAUGUCUGUGAACUGCCUCCCCAAGGGUCUCCUCGCCCACGUCAAGGUAGUCAUUGGGCUGCACAAGUCGCUGCUGUACUUUGUCGACGUCAAGGGCUGGGUAAGCUCGGUGACGCUGAAGGGUCUGCAGAGCGCGGCGGAAUACACCCGCCACUUCUUUAUACCGCGCAGCUGGAUGGUCGGGGAAAACUUGCAUGUGCUGCUCCGCCUGAUGCCCAGGACCAACAGCAUUGCCAUGGCGCACCAGGAUGAUUUGCUCAUCUUUCAGGGGUUUUUGGACUUGGAAGAGAAGGUUGCCUUUGCCAUGGAGCCAAUGCGGGGAAGUCAGAAGCUGUGAGAAUGAUGCCGGUCGCUGUUGGAAUGGCCAAAUCGGCAGCAGCUAAGUAAGCGGUGUUGUUGAUGCGGCUAACGGCGUGAUGGUCCUGAUGGUCCCCGGUGCUUGCACGUAGGUAGUGGCGAAAAGCUGAACUCAAACAUGAAGGCAAACUUUGCAAGGGUAUAUCGUGCCUGUAUCAUUGAAAAAUGCAGAACCACACAGCGAAGUUGCGCAGUGAGAAUUGUCAAGAUCAUCAGGAUCGUGAUGCUACUUAAAGGGGCUGGAAAAGUGGAAACUGGGAGGCAAAUUGGUUCGGGAAGGGAUGGGUGGAUGUGAUG